GAGUCGGGAGUUCAUCGUUUCAUUAUGUGACGUCUCGAUAAAACCUCUUGUUAGAGCAUGCGUGAUGUACCACGCUGCCAAGGACAGUCGUGUUACAAUAAGCGAGCGUGCCUCAACGUUGAUCGCCGCUUCAAGUCGUGUUAAUUUUUUGCCCAUCGGCAGUCCCAAGUUUUUUUCUCUUCUUGUUUUUCCCCGCUUGUUGCCCGUAACACGAGGUAGAAAGUGGCACUAAUUGACGCCAGUCCAUGCCAGACGCGGCGCGAUCUAAGGCUCGAUAUUCCGCGGCCUGGAUUUUAUUGACGAAUUCUAGUGCGAGUGUGUGCGCGAAUUGGCGCUGAAAUAUUCAAAUUCGUCGGAGAAGAAGAAACCAGUAGUACCAUGAAAUACGUCGCGGCGCUCGACGUCGGCACCACGACGGUACGCUUCCACAUUCUGGACGAGAAAGCGGUCACGGUGGCUUCCUCGGCGGAGAAGGUAGACCUGAUUUAUCCACAACCUGGAUUUAUAGAGAUAGAUCCGGAUCAGUUAUGGCGGAUUAUAGUAAAAGUAAUCAAGGAUACAUUAAGGGACAGCAAAAUCGAUCCGAAGUCUAUCGUUUGCUUUGGAAUCUCGUCGCAACGAGCCAGCUUUAUUACCUGGGAUUUGAAAACUGGACGACACUAUCACAAAUUUAUAACAUGGAAGGAUCAACGGGCAGCCGAUCUGGUCGACGAGUGGAAUCAGUCGAUGACGAUGAAAGGAUUGCGAAUAGCCUCGCGUGUUUUGUACACUCUUACGAGAAACAAACGCUUUCUGGCCGGUAGCGUCUUGAAAUUUAUGAAUAUGCAGGUCAGCUUAAAAUUAGUAUGGGUUCUUCAGAAUAUACCAGGUCUUCGAGAAGCAGCAUCUAAUGGAGAAGCGGCCUUCGGAGGCGUAGAUUGUUGGCUUUUAUACAAAUUAACAGGAAAGCACAUAAUGGAUGUUUCAUGUGCCUCAGCCACUGGUAUAUUCGAUCCAUUUACAAUGGAAUGGGCCAAUUGGGCGUUAGACAUUUUGAAAUUACCACGCAAUAUAUUUCCGGAAGUAGUAGAUACAGCGGGCGAUUUUGGAAUUAUACCCAAAAGUGUGUUUGGGGCUGAAAUUCCCAUUUAUUGUUCAAUGGCCGACCAAGCAGCAUCCUUAUUUGGUUCAGGAUGCUUUAAGCCUAGUGAUCUCAAAGUCACCAUGGGGACAGGUACUUUUGUGAAUGUUAACACAGGACGGGAACCACACGCAUCAGUUGCUGGACUUUAUCCAGUUGUUGGAUGGCGAAUCGGAAAGGAACUAAUAUAUGUUGCAGAAGGAUCUUCAAGCGAUACCGGUAUACUAAUCGAAUGGGCUAAAUCAAUAGGAAUUAUAAACGACGCUAUGGAAACAGCUAAUAUGGCAAAUUCAGUCGAUGAUACUGAUGGAGUAUACUUCGUCCCGGCAUUCAGUGGAUUACAGGCACCUAUAAAUGAUUAUACAGCCGCAACCGGUUUCUUAGGAGUAAAACCCACCACGAAGAAAGAACAUAUCGUUCGAUCUUUAUUAGAGAGCCUCGUUUUUAGGAUACGACUACUCCACGAAUGUUUGUGCAAGGAAACUUCCUUCACAUAUAGAAAAAUAAAAGUCGACGGUGGAGUUUCCAAAAAUGAUUUUAUUAUGCAAUCGUUGGCUGAUUCGACGGGAUUGGAAGUGGAACGUCCGGUAUCUAUCGAGAUGUCCAUUUUAGGAGUAGCAUUCGUAGCUGGUUUACAAUGUGGUUUGUGGAAAAGCAGAGAAGAAAUAUCGACGCUACGUCAAGUAGAUAGGAUAUUUAAACCAAACGAAGAAUCACGAUUAUCUUAUCAGUAUGCGUUUAGCCAAUGGAAACGCGCUGUGGAGCGCUUCAAAAAUUGGUACUGACGAUGAUUUCUAAAUAAAAAUUAUAUUUUUAUAAUGAA